AUGUUGAUGGAUCGAAAAUUUCAGAGGGUGAUGCUGAGCUAUGUCAGCAAUGAACAGAACCUGAAGAUUGUGAUGAACCUUAUGUUGGCCGACUCCCAUGCCUUUCAGGUUGAGGCAUUUCAUCUGUUCAAGAUCUUUGUGGUUAAUCCACAGAAGCCACUGCGAAUUCAGCAGAUUCUUGUGAAAAACAAGGACCGUCUUGUAGCGCUUCUCCAAACCCUGCAUGCACGGUCCAACGAUGCAAACUUCAGCGCAGAUCAGCAAAAGGUCAUUGGACGUUUGCUCGACAUGCAGCCACCGCAGACCUUUCCGCGGUGCAAGCCUUUGGGAGAAACUCCGAGUUCUGUCAGUGGGCAAAUCCCUGCUCAUUGCCAGUGA